AUUGUAUUCACAUAACAACAGUUGACACAUAGAUAUCACUAUUCAAUGAAUUCUGUGUUUCAAUCGUAACAUUGAAUACAAUUUCGAUGAAACAUAACAUUUGAUACAGAAAUACAGGUUUGAAGUGAAAAGUGAUUGAAAAUGUGUUUUUGAAACACUGUCUCAUAAAUUGAAAUCACUUUUUCAUUUGAAACAACUUUUUCCUUAACAACACUUACGGUGACUAUCAGUCACACAAUCUCUAAGUUUUUUGUGUCAAUCGUUUAUUUGUGUCCCAAGUGUCUGCAAAUGAGUGUCAAUUCCGGGAAGCGAUUCAUUGCAAGGAUCUUACGGAUCAUUUUGGACGCAAUCGCCGCACUCAUUGGCUUCAGAUAUCCCACGAAACAGCGAUAUCUGCCGCCCAUUGAUAGUCCCAUUCUUCUGGAGUCGGCCACGAGUCUCGCCCAACAGAUCAGAUCCGCUAAAUUAAAGAGCGAAGAGGUUGUGAAGGCUUUCAUCGAUCGGUGCCGUGAAGUGAAUCCACACCUCAAUGCCAUCAUUCAGGAUAACUACGACAAAGCCAUCCAAGAGGCCAAACAGGUGGACAGACUGGUUCGAAGGGUUCUCGAUGGGGAAUUGGCGCCGGAAUCAUUGGAUUCGCAGCCAUUCCUUGGCGUCCCCUUCACGUGCAAAGACUCGAUUGCUGUGAAAGAUGUUUAUUGGACUUCCGGUCUCUACACGAGGAAAGGGAUCACCGCUACAGAUGAUAGCGAAGUGAUCACUCGGAUGCGAAAGAAAGGGAUCACCGCUACAGAUGAUAGCGAAGUGAUCACUCGGAUGCGAAAGUCCGGCGCUAUUUUCAUUGCGAUGACUAAUAUACCGGAACUGGGGAUGUGGUGGGACUCCUAUAACAAACUAUAUGGCCGGACGUACAACCCCUACGACAAGUCCAGAAUAUGUGGAGGCAGUUCGGGAGGGGAGGCGGCGCUCAUAUCGGCCGCCGGUUCUGUGUUUGGGGUGGGCGCUGAUAUCGGCGGCUCUAUCCGUAUGCCAUGUUUUUUCUGCGGUAUCUUUGGUCAUAAGACAACUCCAGGAGUUGUGUCCACUGAUGGCAUGUAUCCCGAAGCGUCGCCUAAACGCCAGGAGCUCCUCUCUAUCGGACCUAUGUGUCGAUACGCGUGUGAUUUGAAGCCAAUGCUGAAAGUGAUGGCCGGAAGCAAUGGCGCGAAGUUAGAGUUAGACAAAGCCGUGGAUCUCAAGAAACUCCGGUUUUAUUACAUGGAAUCCGAUGGCAACUCAUUUCACACACCCAUUCAGCCUGAGAUAAGGGACGCCAUUCACAAAGUGAUCGGUCAUUUCAAUAAGACGGGCGCCUCCUCUAAGAAAGUCUAUUUCAAGCAAUUCAAGUACGGCUUAGAGAUGUGGUUGACGGCCAUGAAAGACCCGACGACUCCCAAAACUGCCCGCCAUUUGGCUAAUCUUAAGGGCGAAAUCAAUCCAUUGGUCGAGUUCUUUAAGUCGUUGGUCGGCGCCUCCAAUCACACGGUCUGUGCCCUCACUCUCUGUAUAUCGGAAUUGAUUGCGAAGUCAGUCAACAGAAAGAGAUUCGACGAAAUGCGACAGAAUUUGAUCCAAGAAUUGCAUCAACUCUUAGGUUUGUGA